AUGUCAUCAAAGCUGAUCACGAUGAUAAGAGAGAAGAAAAAUACUAGAAACCAGAGUUACCGAUCCACUGGAUGCUUCAAUUGUGGAAGACAAGGACAUAGAGCCCAUGAAUGCCCCGAGCCAAGGAGAAUGCCACCACAAGUUGCCAACCCUCAUGACACGAACCUUUGCGAAGUAGAAAACAGUAACGAUGAAGCUUACGUUGCUACUAAAUCACGAUACCAGCUGUACACUGUUAAUCAUCCUAAAAAGGGUGAAUUGAGUAAGGAACCUACUGGAAAAACUCAGGAAGAGCACACCCAAUCAACACAAUCAGUAGAAAUAAAGAUUAUGGCAGAAUCUGCAAAAAAGAAUGCCAUGCCACGAGUCAAGCACCAGAGAGGACCGUCAGUAGUAGACCAAGCAUCCCUAUACAACGUCACAAAAGACCUGUUGAGUCAGAGAGCUAAUGCCACGUAUGUCCAACUAUUGCAAAUUCUGAAGCAACGACAGCACCUGGCACAACCCCAACGAAUCUCAGCAGCUAGAUGUAAUAUGAAGAUAAGAAACAAACCAGUCGUAGCAGUAUUGGAUUCUGAAGCUGCAGUGAGCAUUAUGUUAAAGAAAUUGCUUAUCAAGCUCGAACUACAGAUUUCAGAACCAUCUAACGCUGUUGUCGUCACUGCGAACGGAAUACGGAAAAGAGCUUUAGGAAAGUUGAAGGACGUAGCACUACAACUAGGAAAAAUCAUUGUACCUACAGACUUUCAGGAAGAAGAUCUAGAUGAAGUAGAAAGUUACUUGACUGACGAUCAAGAGGACUUAUAUACCAACCCAUGGAUCGACAAGCACAGCCCGGCAGCAUAUUUGAUGACGAUCGAAGAAGUUCUGACACCCGAAGAAACUGAACGACCCAUACAACCUCUGGAAGAACCGUUAUUCAUAACACCCGAACUAUGUUCGUAUCAUGAGAGAGAGCUAGAAAUAUCGGAAAUCGGAUUAGCAGCCUUACUCAUGUAUAUUACUUGGGAGCAAGGAUACAGACACUUACUUCAGCAGAAAGACCUGUCAUACGAAGCAUUUUGA